CUGAAUCGGAAGAAGACAAAGGUGGCAAAAUGGCAGCAGCUGAUUCCGUGCAACAGAGGCGGCAGUACCGGAGGCAAAACCAGCAGUCUUCUUCUGAAGACGAGCGACCGAAGAGAUCAAACGUGAAAAAUGGAGAAGUGGGAAGGCGUCGACGACAUUCAGCCUCCCGGAGUGCAUCCCCAUCACCACGGAAACGCCAGAAAGAGUCCUCUCCUCGCAGACGGAGAAGAAGUCCAUCACCACCACCGGCCAGACGACGGCGCUCUCCUUCUCCUGCCCCUCCACCCCGGCGGCGGAGGUCUCCCACACCGCCGCCGCCACCACCACGGCGCAGGACUCCUUCUCCUCCCCCACGUCGACGCUCACCUUCUCCAAGAAGAUACUCUCCUCCAAUCCAGAGAAGAUACUCUCCUUCCCCCCCUCCUAAGAGAAGAACAGCUUCCCCACCACCACCUCCCAAGCGAAGAGCAUCGCCAUCGCCUCCCCCAAAGCGACGGGUCUCCCAUUCGCCACCUCCGAAGCCAAGAAGUUCCCCUGUUACAAAGAGACGUUCCCCUUCCUUAUCAUCUAAGCAUAGGAAAGGGUCACCCCCUAGCCGAUCUACCCGAGAAACCCGGUCUCCUCUACCAAACAAACGGCAUUCACCUUCACCACGGCCUCGACUUCCUCAUACCUCUGCAAGUCCUCCCCCACUCCGAAGAGGAGCUUCAUCUUCACCCCAAAGAAGGCAGUCCCCAUCACCAAGCACUAGGCCUAUCAGGAGAGUCUCCAGAACCCCGGAACCCAGAAAAGCAAAAAAGUGGUCCCCAGUCUGUAAGAGGGUCUCAUCUUCCAGAUCUGCCUCCAGAUCUCCUGAGCCAGCAGCUAAGAAACACCAAGCACCUCCAUCCCCCACCCAGUCUCAGUCCCCAUCCACAAACUGGUCGCCAGCAGCACCUGUCAAGAAGGCUAAAAGCCCCACGCCGAGCCCAUCGCCUGCCAGGAAUUCAGACCAGGAAGGUGGUGGGAAGAAAAAGAAGAAGAAGAAGGACAAAAAACACAAAAAGGAUAAGAAGCACAAAAAACACAAAAAACAUAAGAAGGAGAAGGCGGCAGCUGCUGCUGCUGCUGCUGUGGCAUCCACCACCACAUCAGCCCAGGAAGAACCUGAAGCAGAGACAGAGCCCAAAAAGGAGACCGAGAGUGAAGCUGAAGACAACCUGGAUGACCUAGAGAAACACCUUCGGGAAAAGGCACUGAGGUCCAUGAGAAAGGCGCAAGUGUCCCCACAGUCCUAGAUGGGACCGUUUGUUAUAAUGUACAUUUGAUUGGGUUUGUACUCAGAUUCCAUUUCACAAUUGCUAAAAUGUGUUUGAGCUUUAGGCUAUAACAUUUUGUUGUCAUAAUUGCUAGGUUGAGGUUCACCAUGUAAAAAAAGGGCAUGGAUUUACAUUACAAAAGGUGUCCACAGUGUACUAGUGACAUUCAUUGACAGCCAACAUAACUUCAUUUAGAGACAUUUUUAAGGGGAAAAAAAUUUUUUAAAGGGGUUUAAGUACGGCUGACAGCCGUCUGGUUCCUUUAAAUCCUCCCAGCCCUGGCCGUACACAGAGGUUAUCUUUUAAGUUCUUGUUCAAUUCUUGGCCCCCCUGUAAGUUAUGAGGCUUUGGCCUUGAAGCUGCCCAGAAGAGAGACCACUGUUCACCAGAAGUCGACACAAGCAUUUUUAAUGCCACACUCUUUUCCCAUUGCUGUCGUCUCUGCUGAAGUGAAUCAAGAUUAGAGCUCUGAGGACGGUCCGGAAAACGAACGCACGCUGUUCGCCAGGACACUGUGGGCUUAUUCUGAUGUUGUAACUAGUUGAUUUGGAACACUGGAAUUCCAUUUUUUCCUGUCUUGUUCCCCCACCCCACCCCCCCAUUUGCUUGUAAGGACAGUUAUGCCCCAGAAAGGUUCCUUCAGUUACAUAAAAUUCUGUUUGUGAAAUGACAGCAUUGCCCCAUUCAUAAUUCUUGUCUUGUUAGGGUUCUUCCAGUUGGUAGACUGAACUUUCAGAGCUGUUUGCUUUUGAAAAGUGGAAGGAUCUCAAUUUUGGAUAUUGUCAUGUUUUCACCGUUUUAUUUUAUUUUGUUUUUUGUUGGGUUUUUUUGUCUU